AAAUUAGAGCCUCAGUAUCCCGUCGACACUGUUUUUACUGCGUGUUCAAUAUCAUUCAUCUUGCUCUCUCUAAAAAAAUGAAGGUCCUCAGCCUCAACUUCCUCACCUGCGCCGUCAAGGCCUGCAAGUCCUCGUCAGACUCAUACCCCCUCCAUCCCAAGGACGCCGAGCUCGUCCAGGAUGAGAUUGAGCUGAACCCUCAGAUGAUUCUCAACGUACUGCCCCGUCUUGACUGGGCUGCGCUCCGAGUAACAGCCUCAGAGCUUGGUUUCCCUCAACUCCCUGAGCAGGCCCCCACGGCUGAGGAGCUUCAGGCGGAUGAGAAGACGCUCAAGGAUCUGCACCACUUGCUCCUUGAGACGCAAAUGUCUGAGGGCAAGCUUGUGUGCGGAAACUGUGGGCACGAGUACGCCGUCAAGGAGGGCAUCGCCAACUUCCUUCUGCCCAGCCACUUGGUGUAGAGACGGUUUUCAAGACAGCAAGCAACGAAGAGGUGAUUUUGGAAAAGAAGAGGCGUCAGUGAGGCCAACGACUACGGGAUUACGCCAUGAGCAUGAGGGAGACGAUUCAUGACGGACAGUUGGGGGGUGGAUGCAUAGACCAGGGACCGGAGUUUGGCGUUGAAUUCUCUCUAUUACAGCUCUCAAACAGCAUUUGGGAAAAAAGCAUUCGAUGAAAAUUCCGAGGUCAAGGCCCGCGAUUUGAAUCCCUCCCGUCCCUCCAUAUCAUGUCUACACUCGAUGCUCGCAACAUGCCGAUAACUGAUAUCCUCCCGUCAAGUCGCACCAAACGAAACCCAAACUCCGUAAUCUGAUAUACAAAU